GAGACAUAAGAAGGGAAAAUUUUGCAAUUUACCUCUCAUAUUGUUGCUGAUAUCUGAUACUAAUUUUUGAGUUGGAUUUCUUGAUUCAAGUGAACUAAUAUCUGAAGGAGUGAGGCGUCCAGAAAAGGUUUUGGCUGUAAGCAAUAAUUGCUGAGAAGAAAAAUCAAUUGUUCCACCAAACAUUAAAAGGAGGUGCAAAUCCUGAGAGCCUUGUCUGCUUUAUCACAAAGAAAAGGGAAGCUUUAACAGUAGCUUUGUUUUGGUGAUGAUUUUUUGUGAGUCCUGUACCUGCUAUCCAGCUUGAUCACCAUUAGUGAAUGGUGAAAGCUAGCCCCAAUGUCCUUGCCCUUAUUCUGGAAUCCCCACAAGCUUUCAUAAUUAGUGGUGCUCCUUUCCCUGACCCCUGGGCAGUUGCUAUAGCUCUCUCUAGAAAAAAGUAUCUUUCUUUCUGAGUAGAAACAAUAUACACCGAUCAUUAACCCAAAACCAAAGGGUAGUUGGUUGAUGCAUCUCAAGCAGAAAGCUAUCCUCAAGUUUUAGAUUUCUAAAACUAUGGAACAAUCAAACACGAAGCCUCAUCUAGUAUUACUGUCCGCCCCAGCUCAUCUCAUGCCCGUUAUUGAGCUUGGCAAACGCCUUGUUUCUUGUCAGGACGUUAAAGUAACAAUUUUUGUUGCUUCUUUUGUCCAAUCAGCUGCAGCGGAAUCGCGGAUGGUCCGAUCUGCGCUGACCACAAAACUCUUUGAUGUCAUCCACCUCCCACCAGCCGACGUUUCCAACCUUGUUGCCCCUGGCGAUCAGGGGAUUCCAUCACUUUCUGCGGCUGUGCGUGUAGUCAGGCCAGCUUUUCAGGCUGCUAUAUCCGCUUUGGAGACUCCUCCAACUGCUCUCAUCGUUCACGUUUUUGCAAUAGAGUGUUUACGAAUUGCGGAUGAGCUUAAGAUUCCAAAAUAUGUUUUUGUCUCCACAAAUGCGUGGUUUCUUGCUCUGAUCAUGUACACUCCGGUCCUGGACAAGGAAGUGAAAGGAGAGUAUGUUGAUAAGAAAGAACCAUUUGCUCUUCCAGGUUGCUCGCCGAUUCGAGCAGAAGAUUUGCCUGAUCCGAUGCUCUUCCGAACCAAAGCAAAUUAUCAUGAAUACCUGAAAAUAGGUAUGGAGAUUCCAAAGGCUGAUGGGAUUUUGGUGAACACAUGGGAAGAACUGCAGCCCAAAACACUAGCUUCUUUGAGAGAUGGUAACCUCUUGGGUAGCGUUGCUAAGGCACCAGUAUUCCCAAUCGGCCCUAUAAAUUCAGAGGGUUCUGCAGCAUUAAGAAUCGAGUUAUUUGACUGGCUGGACAAGCAACCGACUGACUCUGUACUUUACAUAUCUUUUGGAAGUAUGGGAGGGCUCUCGCUUGAGCAAAUGACGGAAUUAGCUCGGGGUUUAGAGUUGAGCCAGCAAAGAUUCAUCUGGGUAGUGCGUCCACCGACCCAAAAAUCAGGAGGCGGCUCGGGUCCGAAGGUUGGGAACGCUAGUGAUGAUAUGUCAAGUUACUUGCCAGAAGGGUUCAUUUCCAGGACCCGGGACCGGGGACAGGUUGUUCCACAAUGGGCUCCGCAGGUGGAAAUCUUGAGCCAUCCAUCAUGCGGAGGGUUUUUUACACAUUGUGGUUGGAAUUCAGCCAUAGAAUGCAUCACCAAUGGAUUACCGAUGAUCGCUUGGCCACUGUACGCUGAGCAGAGAAUGAAUGCUACGUUGCUGACAGAGGAGCUUGGCAUAGCUGUUCGAUCACAAACAUUACCAUCCACGGGUGUUGUGGGGAGGGACGAGAUAGGGAAGAUGGUGAGAAAAAUAUUUGUGGAUGAUGCAGGGCGUCAAAUGAGGGCCAGAGUCAAGGAGAUGAAACUUGGUGCGGAGACAGCUUGGAGUAAAAGCGGUUCCUCGUAUAAUGCACUAGCUGAAAUGGUGAAACACUGCCAGAAAUGCCUGUAGCUGAAACGGCGGUUCAUGUAAUAAAUGAUUCCUCCUGCUUCCAUGCUUUUAGUUUAGUGUCUUAUCAAUAAAAUUUAAACAUGUUUUUCGUUGUGCCGAUUAA